GUUUGAAUCUUGUCCUUUCACCAAUCUCCCAAUAUAUAAAUAAAGACCUUUCACCCCUAAAACCAAAAACCACCAUCAACCACUUCAAAACUUUCUAAGCAAGAGGCUGAAGAACUCCGAUUUUCUUUCUAAGAUUCUCAAAGCAACUAAUAAUAAAAUGGCUUUCUGGUCUGCUGAGAAUGCUACUAAAGCCUACCUUACUACACUGAAAACGGAUCAAAGAACAAAAGAACCAAACGUGGCUGAAUUCAUUUCAGCUAUAGCCGCCGGAAAUAACGCAAGAAAGAUCACCGUGGCUUGUGCCGGAGCAGCAAACGCUGAGAUACUCGCUGCCCUAAUCGCUGCGGCUAAUCAAACGCGCGGUCAAGUGGUAUGCGUUUUAAGUGGCAUCGAAGAACUACUUAUAUCCAAGAAAAUGUUGGAACCAUCAGAGAUUCAUCACAUACAAUUCGUAGUCGGAGAAUCCAACGACAACACUCUAAUUAAUGAUCAUUUUGGAGAAGCCGAUUUCGUUCUAGUCGAUUGUAACCUCGAGAACCACCAAAGUAUUGUUAGAAAAAUUGUUAAUCACCAUGAGGAAAAUGCAAGAACGGGAGGUAGAAGCGGUGUGGCUGUUGUGGUGGGUUAUAACGCGUUUUCGAGAGGAUCUUGGAGGUUUAGCGAUGGGAGGAAAACGCAGUUUUUACCUAUAGGUGAAGGGUUGCUGGUGACGAGGGUCAACGAUAAUGGUAGUUAUAACCAGAAGACGAUGAAUAAAAACAACGAUCAUCGUCAUCAUCACCAUAAUUACGUGAGAAAGAGCCAUUGGAUAGUGAAAGUUGACAAGUGCACAGGAGAGGAGCAUGUGUUUAGAGUUAGGGCUCCACGAGGAGAAGCCACUAUUGGAGCUUAAUUGAAAAUUUAGAUAUCACUGGGUACUUAGAGCAAAAAUCACCUCUGAAAUGGUUCAGACGAGUGAGACUAGUAAGAAGAUUAGUUAUUUUGUAUAAGUAAUUAAAAAGAGUUUUGAUUAGUAUUGGAGUGUGAUGUUUGUAUGAAUAGAAAAUGUGUGUUUCAUUUUCUUUUCUUUUUGUAUGUGUGAAUAUGAAGAGUUGUGUUUCGUUUUUAA